GUUCUUAUCGUGCUGGGCUCAUGUGCUCACAUUCGCACUCCCCCUUGCUCCCCUCCCCCGUUCUCCACGACACAUGCAUCUUUUCCUCCCCCCCCACAUCACCUUCCGCCCUCACGCUCGUUUUCCAACCUCACUGCCGCUUCAGCAGCUCGUGUUUCAUGCAGCCGCGCAGCACCGUUGCUCCACACAAUCCUUGCUGCGCCGCACCCUGUGCCCUUUCUUUCUCCCCACACACAGGCAACCCCUUUUCGCACGCCAUACAAGUUUCACCCCCCCUGCUUCCCCCACACUCACUCAUGCUCGCCUUGCUGCUGCGCACCCCCUACCUCCUGCACCUUCCUCCCCCCUGCAUGCUUCCUCCGCCUGCGCCGCUACCCUCCACAUACGCCCCUCCCUUUCCCCGUCCUCUCAGGGGGCCACACGGCGGAGAUGCUGUGUGUGGUGGGCGCCCUGGACCACACACAUACGUGUUCACCCUCCCUGCUCCUUCCACAAUUACUCCCUUCCGCCCCGCGCCCCUGCCUUUCCUCCGCCCCCUCAGGCGGCCACACGGCGGAGAUGCUGUGUCUGCGGCCCACACAGCGGAGAUGCUGGGGCCACACGGCGGAGAUGCUGUGUCUGGUGGGUGCGCUGGACCACGGGCGCUACAGCCCGCGCUGCUACAUCGCUGCUGCCACCGACGCCAUCAGCCUGCCCAAGGCACGCCAGCUAGAGCAAGCCCUCGCACAGCAGGAAGCGCCUGCUCCCGCCUUGCCUGUCCCGCCCCCCUCGUACCUAUCGGUGUAUCGGAGUCGAGAGGUGGGGCAGUCAUACCUCACCUCAGUGCUCACCACCAUCGCCGCCACGCUGCACGCCAUGCUGCUUGUGGCGCGUGUCAGACCCCAACUGGUGCAUGUGAGGUGCAUGGGAGGUGCAUGGGAGGUGCAUGGGAGGUGCAUGGGAGGUGCAUGGGAGGUGCAUGGGAGGUGCAUGGGAGGUGCAUGGGAGGUGCAUGGGAGGUGCAUGGGAGGUGCAUGGGAGGUGCAUGGGACUACAUCGACUUUGGUGCCUCCUCCCUUUCUGCACCCACAGCCACCAUCUUCAUCACCAUACAUCGGAUGUCCCCUGCUCUUCCCCACUUCUCACACCUUCCCUGACUCCAAUCUGACACCUGUCUCCUUCCCUUUGCGUUCCCUGCACAGCCAGUCCCAGAACACAGGAAAACAGAGCAAGGGGGUGCGGCUCAUGCGACUCAUCAGAACCCAAUUCCGCAACCCCUUACCAUCGUGGUGGCAGGUGCUGGGAGUGCAGAGCAGCAGCAUCGUGUUCGUGGAGAGUGUGGCGCGCGUUGCAGUGCUGGGAGUGCAGAGCAGCAGCAUCGUGUUUGUGGAGAGUGUAGCACGAGUGGACCACCUGUCGCUCACAGGCCGCCUGCUGCACCGCCUGGGCAUCGUAGACCGGUUCUUCGUGCAGUGGCCGCACCUCACCAGCUCAUGCAAGGGCACCCACUAUCUGCUGCCCCGCGCCCCGCUGCCCUGCGCGCUGCUGCCCCGCGCCCCGCUGCCCCGUGCGCCGCUGCCCCACGCGCUGCUGCUCCGUGCGUCGCUGCCCCGCGCACUGCUGCCCCGCGCGCUGCUGCCCUGCGCGCCCCGCUGCCCCGCGCACCGCUGCCCUGCGAGCUGCUGCCCCGCGCCCGCUGCCCUCCGCGCUGCUGCCCCGCGCCCCGCUGCCCCGUGCGCCGCUGCCCCACGCGCUGCUGCUCCGUGCGUCGCUGCCCCGCGCCCUGCUGCCCCGCGCGCCGCUGCCCCGCGCGCCCCUCUGCCGUGCGCCGCUGCUGCCCGUGCGCUGCUGCCGCCUGUGCGCCGCACCGCUGCUGCUGCCGCCCUUGCACCCCUGCCGCCCGCGCGCCGCCCAAACCCAACCCUAGCACUAACCAAGGUGUACACCACCUAG